CAUCAGGAUUCCAUCGAAAUGUUACCCCGUAAGGAUACUGCUGUCGAGAGCAAUGAGCGCACCAACACGGUUUACUGUAAGAUCGCCGAGGUGGAGGUUAGCUAUGGCACUGGCAUCCCCACAAUCCAACAAAACAACGCCAAGAGCAGCUGGGUCACAAAGAGCCAGAGCACGGUGUUACUGGGGACAGAUGGAAACACCGCUGUAUUCCCCGGCACUCUCAGCGGGGAAGAUGAAGGAGAUGAGAAUAAAGCCAGAGGGAACUGGUCGAGGAAGCUGGACUUCAUUUUGUCCAUGGUCGGCUAUGCGGUAGGACUGGGGAAUGUCUGGCGUUUUCCCUAUCUCGCAUUCCAGAACGGCGGAGGUGCGUUUCUGAUUCCCUACCUGAUGAUGUUGGCUUUUGCUGGAGUUCCCAUUUUCUUUCUGGAAACAGCACUUGGCCAAUUUGCCAGUCAAGGCCCUAUAUCAGUGUGGAAAGCUAUUCCUGCCUUACAAGGAUGUGGACUCGCUAUGUUAAUCAUCUCGGUUCUGAUUGCUGUGUACUACAACAUCAUCAUAUGCUACACUCUCUUCUACCUUUUUGCAUCGUGCAUACCUGUCCUUCCCUGGGCAUCCUGUGAAAAUAGAUGGAACACUGCAAACUGUAGAGACAAGCACAAGCUGUUAUUGGAUUCCUGCAUAAUUGGAGAUAUGAACAGUGUGCAGAUUAAAAACUCGACAUUUUGCCUUUCUGCUUUUUCCAAUGUCACCAUGGUGAAUUACACCCAGCCAAUAAACAAAACCUUUGUCAGCGGCAGUGAAGAAUACUUCAAGUACUUUGUGUUAAAGAUUUCUGAUGGGAUUGAAUACCCUGGGGAAAUAAGGUGGGAGCUAGCAAUGACUCUGUUGUUGGCCUGGAUAAUUGUUUAUCUAUCCCUGGCAAAAGGAAUAAAAUCAUCAGGAAAGGUUGUCUACUUCACAGCCACCUUCCCCUAUGUUGUCCUUGUCAUCCUUCUAAUCCGAGGGAUCACUUUGCCGGGUGCUGGAGAUGGAAUCUGGUACUUCAUUACGCCCAACUGGGAUAAGCUUAAGGAUGCUAAGGUGUGGAAAGACGCAGCGACUCAAAUUUUCUUUUCACUCUCAGCUGCCUGGGGAGGACUGAUAACGCUAUCUUCAUACAACAAGUUCCACAAUAACAUUUACAGGGACACUCUGUUAGUGACAUGUGCCAAUAGUGCCACAAGUGUCUUUGCAGGCUUCGUCAUUUUCUCAGUCAUCGGCUUCAUGGCUAAGGAACUUAAAGUACCCAUCACUGAGGUUGCAGAUGAAGGUCCUGGCAUUGCAUUUGUAGUGUAUCCAGAAGCUCUAACCAGACUGCCACUAUCACCAUUCUGGGCUAUCAUUUUCUUUUUGAUGCUUUUAACACUCGGAUUGGACACAAUGUUUGCAACCCUUGAGACCAUUGUGACUUCAGUAGUGGACGAAUUCCCUGGAUACCUGAGACCUAAGAAGCCCCUGUUCACAUUAGUCUGUUGUGUGAUUUUCUUCUUCAUGGGUAUUCCCAUGGUUACCCAGGGUGGGAUCUACAUGCUACAGCUGGUAGACACAUAUGCAGCUUCCUAUUCCCUGGUCAUCAUAGCAAUAUUUGAGCUAGUGGGAGUUUCAUACAUAUACGGCUUGAAACGUUUUUGUGAAGAUAUCGAGAUGAUGAUUGGAUUCCAACCGAGCUAUUUUUGGAGAAUUUGUUGGGCCUUUGUCACUCCUACAAUUCUUACAUUCAUCCUUUGCUUCAGCUUUUACCAGUGGGAACCCAUGACAUAUGAAAAUUAUAAAUACCCAGCUUGGUCGAUGGUGAUGGGAUGGUUAAUGCUGGCCUGCUCUGUCAUAUGGAUCCCUAUCAUGUUCGUGAUUAAGAUGCAUUUGGCCCCUGGUUCCUUUAUAGAGAGGCUUAAGCUGGUGUGCAGCCCCCAACCUGACUGGGGUCCCUUCCUCACUCAGCACCGUGCAGAACGCUACAAGACUAUGAUGGACCCCCUUGGGACCUCUUCCCUCGGACUCAAACUGCCGCCCAAAGAGAUGGAAUUAGGACCGCAGUUCUAG